CAGCUUAUAGCGAGUGACCGUGCAACUGGAGUGAUUCUGCUCAUCUUUACGAGCUAGUCAAUUUAAUAUCUCUGUUAUCAUUACGGAGCUAACUAGCAUGACGGAUAGUCUCCAUUCCACAAACCAAACGCACGUGAAAUGAAGCUGCUUUGUGUGUGGCGUUUUGUCUUGCUUUUCAGCAACUAACUAAAGUUAGUUUUAUAAUUGGCUUUUUAUUGUUACCUCGAGUGCUUUUUGGUUAAGGAUUUUUUCCCCGUGCCGUUUUCUUCUGGUUGAUUCGUGUCCUGAUUCCCCCCCCCCGCUAAUUAGUGAUGAUGCUGCCCGAGCUGUACCGCGCAUGUGCUAAUUCACUCCGCCGCGCAUGCGCAGAGAGUAGUCACAGCACGACGGUUAUAAGUGACCAAACUAAACUCCUGCAAGAUGCAAAGGAGCACAAGUUGAAGAGAUAUGGAGCAUGGAGCCAGAGAAUUUUCAAAAUCUCAAACCAGUUCAUGGCUUAAUAUUUCUCUUCAAAUGGCAACCUGGUGAGGAGCCAGCUGGCUCCAUUGUUCAGGACUCUAGACUCGACCAGAUCUUUUUUGCUAAGCAGGUCAUCAACAAUGCCUGUGCGACCCAAGCAAUAGUCAGCGUGCUAUUGAACUGCUCUCAUCCUGACAUGCACCUUGGUGAAACACUGACUGAGUUCCGAGAGUUCUCGCAAAGUUUUGAUGCUGCAAUGAAAGGUCUUGCUCUCAGUAACUCUGAAGUAAUUCGACAAGUUCACAACAGCUUUGCCAGGCAGCAGAUGUUUGAGUUUGAUGCGAAAUCAUCAGCAAAAGAUGAAGACGCUUUUCAUUUUGUGAGCUAUGUGCCUGUGAAUGGUAGACUCUAUGAAUUAGAUGGACUUCGUGAAGGACCUAUUGACCUCGGCACUUGCAACCAAGAAGACUGGAUCAAUGCAGUUCGGCCAGUAAUUGAAAAAAGAAUACAAAAAUACAGUGAGGGAGAAAUCCGUUUCAACUUAAUGGCCAUCGUAUCUGAUCGCAAGAUGAUUUAUGAGCGUAAAAUUGCAGAGCUACAGGCUCACCUAACAGAGGAAGAGCCAAUGGAUACAGACCAAAGUGCUAAUCUUCUGAGUUCCAUCCAGUCAGAGAUCGCCAAGUACCAGCUCCUGAUUGAUGAGGAGAACCAGAAAUUAAAGAAAUAUAAAAUUGAAAACAUUAGAAGAAAGCACAACUACCUACCUUUCAUCAUGGAAUUACUGAAGACUCUUGCUGAAUAUCAACAACUGAUGCCAUUGGUUGAAAAGGCUAAAGAAAAGCAAAGCGCCAAAAAGAUUCAAGAAGCAAAGUAGUAACAACACACUUUCCAGUACUUUGUGUAAUUUCCCACAAUAUCUCUCAAUGUACUUUUGCCAUCUGUAAUAAUAAUAAUAAUGACACCUACAAACUGAACUAAAGUGUGGUGCUUGCUGUGAUGUUCAUAAGACUUCAUGUUUGCAUGCAAAAAUGUUUAAAUAAACAUGUCUUAUUUUCAUAUAAUUGCCAUUGCUGGUCUCAA